AAAUUUGUCAACAAACAUGGCUGCAUACACACAAUUUGGAUAUGGCUCUUAUCCGACGGCUAAUCAGUUACUUGGCGGCGGCAAUGUUGGCCAAACAUCAUCAUCAUCAAUUAUGUCACACAAUGCGCCCUCACCGCUGUCGGGAGGAUCACAUGAAAACUCAUUAAGUCCCUCGGGAGGUUCAUCCUCUUCGUCGGCAUCAUCGGCUGGCAAUGGUCCUUUAAGUCCCGGUGCCAUGUCACAAACAUCCACCAAUAAUGCGGGAAGUGUGCCGCCGCCGUCAUCAUCACAACCACCAACACAAUCUGGUUCAGUACUUGUGGGCAAUAACGGUAUCGCCAGCACGGCCACUCUUACAGAUGCUGCACAAACAGCGAUCUCUGCAGCCGGCUCAGCAGCAAUGGGGGCAGGCAGCAGCAGCAGUAGUGUUGGCGGUGGGGGUUGUUGUGAAAAUGGUAGGCCAAUUAUGACAGAUCCCGUAUCGGGACAAACUGUAUGUUCGUGUCAAUACGAUUCGGCACGUUUAGCGCUGUCUAGUUAUUCGAGAAUGCCAACAGCAGCAAGUGUUGGCGUUUAUGGCACAGCCUAUCCAUCAACGGAACAGAAUCCAUAUCCUAGCAUUGGUGUGGACAGUUCGGCAUUCUAUACGCCAUUGGGCAAUCCCUAUAGCCUCAAAGAAACAACCACCGGUUCAGAUAUGACAGCAGCAGCGGCAUGGUCCACGGCCGGUUUGCAACCAACAACCGGUUAUUAUUCAUACGAUCCAACAUUUGCAUAUGGAUAUGGUGCUUCUUAUGACUUGGCCUCCCGACGCAAAAAUGCCACCCGCGAAUCCACAGCCACAUUAAAGGCCUGGUUAAAUGAACACAAAAAGAAUCCCUAUCCCACAAAGGGUGAAAAAAUCAUGUUGGCCAUCAUCACUAAAAUGACACUGACACAGGUCUCCACUUGGUUUGCCAAUGCCCGCCGCCGCUUGAAGAAGGAAAACAAAAUGACCUGGGAACCAAAGAAUCGCACUGAGGAUGAUGAUGACGAUGCCAUGUUAUCCGAUGAUGAAAAAGAAAUGGACAAAUCUGGCGAUAUGAACAAAAUGGGAAGUGGCAGUUCGGCCACGGCAUCUUUAUAUGGUAGCCAACAAAUGCAUAAAGAACACACCGAUCAACUUAAGUCGAACGACCACAGUAGCAACAAUGUUAAGCAUAACGAUUUAAAGCAUGACGAUGAAGAUGAUAGAAAACCAGAAAAUUUAACAGCCCCAAGACAAAUGGAAAAUUACAAUACCGCAUCAUUAUACGGUGGUGUUGGCCAGAGUACAGCGCUUUCAGCUGGACAUCAUCCCAAUGCCUAUCAUCCUUACCAAAGUCACCAUAAUCCACAUACACAAAGUCUGUAUUAUCAGCAACAGCAACAGCAGCAGCAACAACAACAGCUUCUACAACAACACCAACAAGGUUAUGCUAGUCGAGAUGAAUGUGGUAUACCAAUACCGGCCACAAAACCAAAAAUAUGGAGUGUUGCCGAUACAGUAGCUAAUAAGACACCACCGCCCACUGCUGGCUACCUCAACAGUGUUCAAUCACAGCAGCAACAACAGCAAUCUCAAGCUUCUUCUGCCUAUUAUACAAAUAACUUAGCCAUGAAUAAUCAAUUAACAAAUAAUUCCCCACUUUCGAUGAUGAGUAAUUAUGUCAAUGCUUCACCCUAUGGUCGUUUGCCACCUGCCGCUGGUUAUGGUGGACCCUCGAGUGUUAAUUAUGCUCAAAUGAAUAGCUCCGUAUCACCUGCCUCGAAUAUGAUGCAUAUGUCAUCGGCGCCGACGUCGCUACAUCAGCAACACUACAAUUCAACGAAUAAUCCGAAUAUGCAUCACCAGCAGCAGCAACAACAACAGCAGCAGCGUUUGGGGUUUCCUGAAAUUCAACCAGAUACACCACCCCAAACUCCACCCAAUAUGAAACAUACAACAACACAUGCCAUGAAUAACAUUAAUGGACUGGGCAAUACCCCACCCAGCUCCUUGGCCUAUGCCUCAGCGGCCAAUAACAGUUUGAAUACCUCAUAUGGCAGUGAUAUUUCAACGUCAUCUCGUACCGGUUUGGAAAUGCAAUAA